AUGGCCUCCAUUUCCAUCAGUACCCACGGUUACCAAAACGGGAGCUGCGGCGGGCAGCAGGCCGCAGUGCCGGCGGACCCAGCGGAGAGCACCGCCGGCGGCGCCCCGCAGCGCCUGAACGUGGACUUUGGGGGCGGCGCCACCGAGGCCACCGAGGCCACCGAGCCAGGCCGCCCACAGGGGCGGAAAACCGCCGUCCUAGACCCGCCCGAAGGCCUGCGUUUCCCAAAGGCUUCCGAUAGCGUCUGCUCGGGUGUUAACGGAAACCGUGCGCAGCGGAAGACACAUAGAACUCACAGGUCUCUCAGAAACCUGUUCAUCAGUCAUUGUGUUGAUGCAGAUAUUGUGGUUACCGAAGUUGAUGAUCCAGAGAGUGAAAUGCAGAUGAAGACUGCCAUACUACUGAAGCAACUGGAUCUGCACCUUCUCAAUCAUUUGCUGAAACACAUUUCCCUAGAAAUAUAUUUAAAUCCAAGAAUUGUGAAGAAAGAUAUAAAGCUUCUAAAACAUUUCUCAGGAAAAGGAGAACAGACAGUUUUGGAAUCUAUUGAAUACACUUCAGAUUAUGAAUUUUCAAAUGGAUGUCGAGCUCCACCUUGGAGACAGAUUUAUGGGGAAAUGUGUUACGUGCUGGUGAAGCCACAUGCUGUGGAAAGUUUGUGCGUUACUUGUAGAGAAGGAGUAUUUUUAAAUGGUGGCAAAACAGAUGCUGGAGAUGAAAUUAAUUAUGAGAGAAAAAGUGCAAUUUACAAGGACAUUGUCACAUUUUUAAGAGAAAAAUCAGUAAAAUUUUCAGAAAAUAUGUCUAAACAUGCAACCAAAUUUAAAGAACAACAACAAAUGGAAAAAGAUCAGCAUGAUAAGGCUCUUAAGAAGGAAGAAACAGCCACCGUCCAUAAAACUGUAUCUGGUUCAGGAAAGAGUACACUGGAGAAGAACCAAAUUAAUUUUGUGAAAAAUCAAAUGACCAGGAGAUUAGAGCCAAGCUUAAACUGGAAGACAACCCUUGACUUCAAAUCUCACAGAAGUUCAAUAAAAGACAGCCAACAGGAAAAACAUGGCGGAAAAUUUGAAAAAGUGAGGUCAUCCGCUUCCCAUGGAAGAGCCCAGUUAAGCAGUAAAAGUACUGAUAAAAUUGAGGAGAUUUCCAGUGAGAACUCCUCAGAGAGUGAGGAGGAUGAAGAACCUGCUGAUCACCGUCAGGAGAUGAAUGUGGAUUUGCCAUCCGAGUACUGGCAAAUUCAGAAGCUGGUGAAAUAUCUGAAGGGAGGAAAUCAGACAGCUACAGUGAUUGUGUUGUGUUUGAUGAAGGAUUUCAACCUAGUCCAUGAGACCUGUCAGCUGGCAAUCAGAGAUGUGGGAGGCCUUGAAGUUUUAAUAAACUUACUUGACACCAAUGAAAUCAAGUGUAAGAUUGGGUCAUUAAAAAUCCUGAAGGAAAUCAGUCACAAUCCUCAAAUCAGACGUAACAUUGUUGACCUCAGGGGCUUACCGGUCAUAGUUAAUAUACUUGAUUCUCCGUACAAGAUUCUGAAGUGUUUGGCUGCAGAAACUAUUGCGAAUGUUGCCAAGUUCAGACGAGCCCGGCAGGCAGUGAGACAGCACGGGGGCAUCACCAGGCUGGUUGCUCUCCUGGACUGUGCACAGCAAGCCUCACAGCCUGCCUACUCAAGUCUCUAUGAGACCACAGACGCGGAAGUGGCUCGCUGUGGGGCGCUGGCAUUGUGGAGCUGCAGUAAGAGUUAUGCCAAUAAAGAAGCCAUUCGUAAAGCCGGGGGCAUCCCUCUGUUGGCUCAACUGCUGAAGACUUCUCAUGAAAACACGCUCAUUCCAGUGGUGGGGACAUUGCAAGAAUGUGCAUCAGAGGAAAACUACCGAGCUGCAAUCAAAGCAGAAAGGAUCAUCGAAAGUCUGGUAAAGAACCUAAGCAGUGAGAAUGAGGAGCUGCAGGAGCACUGCGCCAUGGCCAUUUACCAGCGAUCUUAG